UACAGGAGGCGCCACCUGUUGUAUAUAAAGUUCUGGACAGCCUCUCUCUACAACACUGUCAACCCGCUCCUCAACCAAACAGAUCCUGCAGCCAUGGGCCUCCUGUCUGUGGUGAUGGUGUUGGUGGCCGUGUCCGGCCUGUGUUAUGGUGGUCAAUACGGAGGAUACGGCGGCUAUGGUGGAUAUGGCGGCUAUGGUGGAUAUGGUGGAUAUGGCGGCUAUGGUGGAUAUGGUGGGGGAUAUGGCGGGUAUGGUGGAGGCGGCUAUGGAGGACACUCCUACGUCAUCACUAGGGGCUAUGGUCACGGUGGACAGGGUGGUCACGGAGUGUUUGGACGACUUGGUGGGUUUGGUAACUACGGCUGGUAGGUGAUCGGAGGUAGGGGCCUUGUUCCACUGUUCUCUCCAACACAGCGCCUUGUUCCACUGUUUUCUCCACUACAGGAAUAAAACAAAUUAAGGUUGUCACUUGUUUCACAACCAGUUUUGUUCACUUGUGACUCCUGACUGUGAAUGAUAAUAUUAAUAAAGUUCACGGGAAUGAAA